UCUUCAUUAGGGUUUCUGGCUGUAGUCUUCUUUCUCCCUGCGAACAAGAGCUCCAGGUUUUCGCAGGGAUACUCUAAUGGCGCCGAAAGCCCCUAGGGUUAGCAGAAACCCGGAUCUAAUCCGAGGUGUCGGCAAGUACUCGAGGUCCAAGAUGUAUCACAAGCGAGGUCUUUGGGCAAUUAAGGCCAAGAAUGGCGGAGCGUUACCUCGUCACGAUGCGAAGCCGCAAGCUGAAGCUCCCGCCGUUAAGCCGCCCAAGUUUUACCCUGCCGAUGAUGUGAAGAAGCCCCUCGUUAACAAGCGCAAAGCCAGGCUCACGAAGCUGAGAGCCAGCAUUACUCCUGGUACUGUGUUGAUUAUCCUUGCUGGGAGAUUCAAGGGGAAGAGAGUUGUCUUUUUGAAACAGCUUCCAUCUGGGUUGCUUCUCGUCACUGGUCCUUUCAAGAUCAACGGCGUCCCUCUAAGACGGGUGAAUCAAUCUUACGUGAUUGCAACCUCCACCAAAGUUGACGUCUCCGGAGUUAAUGCAGAUAAAUUUGAUGACAAGUACUUCUCCAAGGAAGUCCAGAAGAAGAAGAAGAAGGGUGAAGGCGAAUUUUUCGAGGCAGAGAAAGAGGAGAAAAGUGUGCUCCCAGCUGAGAAGAAGGACGACCAAAAAGCCGUGGAUACACCGUUGUUAAAGUCGAUCGAGGGGGUCCCGGAGUUGAAGGCUUACUUGGCAGCAAGAUUUUCUCUUAAGGCAGGAAUGAAACCUCAUGAGCUUGUCUUUUAGAUAAGGAUUUGGUUUCUUUUUUGACUGUCACCAUGUUUUUUGUUUAUUUGAACUUGGUUUUGACUUAUGAUAGUUGGCUUGUUCCAAAUUUUGAUUCUAAAUAGAUUCCAUUUUCAUAA